CUUGGCAGCAUAUACUCACUCACCCGAGGAGAAGAAGGUAUCGUCCUCACCAUCACCUAACUCCCCACUCGCCACACAACAUGUCCUCCUUUGGCUCGAACUUCCGAGUCACAACCUAUGGAGAGUCCCACUGCGCCUCUGUAGGCUGCAUCGUCGAUGGUGUCCCUCCUGGCAUGGCCCUCAAGCCAGAAGACAUCCAGGUGCAGCUCACCAGGCGUCGUCCAGGACAAUCCGCCCUCACUACUCCCAGAGACGAGAAGGACCGCGUAGAGAUCCAAUCUGGGGUGGAGAACGGAGUCACACUCGGUACACCCAUCGCCAUGCUGGUAAAGAACCAGGACCAGAGACCAAAGGACUACACUGACCAGACACUGGACGAGUACCCCAGACCAUCCCAUGCCGAUUUCACCUACCUGGAGAAGUACGGCGUAAAGGCUAGCAGUGGUGGAGGAAGGUCAUCAGCUAGAGAGACCAUCGGAAGGGUAGCAGCUGGAGCUCUGGCAGAAAAGUACCUCAAGGAGGCUUACGGAGUUGAGAUUGUAGCCUUCGUCAGCUCGGUAGGCAAGGUCCACAUUCCUCGCUUCCCCGGAGAGAAGCUCGCAGGAGAGGCCCAAGCAAGCAAGACGGUCGAUGCCGCCGAGACUUCCUUUGCAAAUGGUACCGCAAAGACCGAAGAGGCUCCCUCGUCUAGCAGCAUUGACAACCACAUCGAUACCCGCGGCAUGGAAGAGGACGAGGCAGAGGAGCCUCUGUCAGAAGAGUUCCGCAAGCUAUUGAGCACAGUGACUCGUGCAGAGGUCGACAAGAACGAGAUGAGGUGUCCUCACCCAGUAGCCAUGGAGCGCAUGCGGCAACGUAUUCUGCUAGCCAAGUCAAAGAAUGACUCCAUCGGAGGUACAGUGACCUGCGUUAUCCGCGGCCUGCCAAGCGGUCUCGGCGAACCCUGCUUUGACAAGUUCGAAGCCAAGCUAGGUCACGCCAUGCUUUCCAUUCCUGCUACAAAGGCAUUCGAGAUCGGCUCUGGAUUCAGAGGAACAGAAGUGCCUGGCUCGAGGCACAAUGACGCCUUUGAGAUCAAGGAGAACGGCAGGUUGGGCACAAAGACGAACUGGUCCGGUGGAGUGCAGGGUGGUAUCACAAAUGGUGAGGACGUCUACUUCAGGCUAGGCUUCAAGUCGCCUGCUACUAUUUCACAGCCUCAAGCUACGAGUACCUACGGCGGUUCGUCCGGGACUCUAUCGACGAGGGGUCGACACGACCCUUGUGUCGUUGCACGUGCUGUGCCAAUCGUUGAAGGAAUGGCCGCUCUCGUGUGCAUGGACAUGGUUCUCGCUCAGGCUGGAAGGGUCGGCGUGAAGAGCCUGGUGCCCAAGGAGGUGGUUGAGGAGCUGCCGAUCAGCAUGAAGGGCGGUAAGAGGAUGAGGCCAGAGUAAGAGUCGGGACGCGGAGCUCGCUGAGACAUCUGAAGAGCAUGUAGUCGCAUGGUGGCUGAUGUCACCACCCAAAAUUUGCAAUGAGCAUUACACAUAGACGAAAGCAAUCG